AUGAAGUCAGCUUUAGUAUGGAAAGUUAUAGCUCGAUGUUCAACUACAAAAGCACGCGUCGCAUUAUUGACUUUGCCUCACGGAAAUGUCGAUACACCUGUAUUCAUGCCGGUUGGGACUCAGGGAACUUUGAAGGGUUUAACUCCAAAGCAGUUGGAAGAGUUGGGGUGUCAAAUCAUGUUAAAUAAUACUUACCAUUUGGGUUUACGACCAGGCCAAGAAUUACUUGAAGAAGUCGGAGGCUCGCAUAAGUUUCAGAAUUGGAAUAGAAAUUUAUUGACUGAUAGUGGAGGUUUUCAGAUGGUUUCCUUGUUGAAAUUAGCUUGUAUCACAGAAGAGGGAGUGAACUUUCAGUCGCCUCAUGAGGAUGGAUCAACAAUGCUGCUCACUCCCGAGCAUUCGAUUUCCCUGCAAAAUUCUAUUGGUGCAGACAUAAUAAUGCAGUUGGAUGACGUGGUGUCAUCAUUGACGAAAGGGCCAAGGGUGGAAGAGGCUACAGAUAGAUCAAUUAGAUGGUUGGAUCGGUGUAUAGCUGCGCAUAAAAAGCCGGAUAGUCAAAAUCUAUUUGCUAUUAUACAAGGCGGGUUGGACCCUGACCUAAGGAGAAAGUGUGUGGAAGAGAUGGUGAAGCGCGACACACCUGGAUAUGCUAUCGGUGGUCUAAGUGGUGGUGAAGAAAAGGACAUUUUCUGGAGGAUUGUAACUUUAUGUACUGACUUGUUGCCAGAUCAUAAACCGAUAUAUUGUAUGGGGGUUGGAUAUACUGAAGAUUUGAUUGUAUGUUCGGCGUUGGGAAUUGAUAUGUUUGACUGCGUUUUUCCAACGCGCACAGCGCGUUUUGGAAAUGCGCUGACAUCAACUGGAACGCUGAAUUUGAAAACCAGUAAAUUUUCUCAAGAUUUUAGACCUAUCGAGGAAGAUUGUGACUGUUUAACUUGUAAAUCUUUCACCAGAGCAUAUGUUCAUCUGCAAUCUACGCGAGAAACUGUUGGAUGUCAUCUUAUCACUAUUCAUAAUGUUUCAUAUCAAUUAAGAUUAAUGCGUAAUAUCAGAAAUGCUAUUGCUGAAAAUAGGUUUCCACAAUUUAUACAAAAAUCAUUCAAGGAUCUAUUUGGUGGUCCGGACCGAUACCCUGAAUGGGCUGUCAAUGCCUUAAAGAGUGUCGAUGUAACAUUGCUUCCUUAG